UACUCCAGGCGCAGUCAGGAGCCUCAUUGCGACAGUGGAGGGUUGUAAAAAGACCAGAUAAGCCUCUCUGGGAAUGGGACCACAAAUCAGAUGCAAGAAAAACUUUGCCUUCUUUCGGCUCUUCCAACUCCAAAGACAUCUUUUCAUCCAAAGGGAAUAAAGUUUUCCUCUGAGCAGAAGAAGGAACAGGUGUAAGAAAACCACAAAUGGGAUAAAGUCGUUUUUUUUUCUUUUGCCAAAUGGGCUAAGUUUUACCAGCAUUUUUUUUAAGUUAAAAGUGUAGAGCCAUUGACUUUAGAGAGCAUUUAUGACACUGAGGUGUGGAGAUCCUGCAGUCUUUGCUCUAUCCCUGAAUAAAGCAACGGAAGUCUUUUGUUAGAAAGGCUGUGAUUUCUAAAGGUGCGUCUCAGGGGCCCUGUGGUGUAUGGCGCUAAAAGGUGUCGGAGCAGGCACAGAGCUUUACUGGUUUCCAUCUGAGUUACAAUGGCAAAGUGGUUCAAGGAGUUCCCCAUCAAUCUGAAGAAUGGUACCGACAGGAUCCGCUCAGCCUCCGAGUCAGGCUCACAACCCAGAGCCAAUAAAGCCGGGCUGGUGGCCAGCAUUGGUACCAAAACAGCAGGCUCCAAAACGAGCCAUCGCAAAAACUCGUCUAGUGACAGCACAGGCGGAGGAGGUGGAGGAGGUGGAGGAGUUGGGUCCCUCCUGUCCGGGAGAAACCGAAAGAACUCAGCCGUGGAGUUGAGCAGAAACGGUGUCAGCUCUCCGAAGGAUGGCAAAGUUUGGGACACGCUCCUGUCUGGGAAAAGUCGCAAGAACUCCAAAGCGGAGCCGGUGUUUGAGGAGCAGCACAGACCUCUGAAAAGCUCCCCAUCUGCCAACGCUUACAUCAACCGGCUGAUCAGAGUGGACAAACAGGACAAAAGCCCCAACUUCAACAGCGGCACCAUCACCAACCAAGUGGUACCUGAAGCAGAGAAACCAGCCCAGUGCAAGACAGAGACGGUGAUCAUCCUUGAGGAUUACGCAGAUCCCUUUGAUGCUCAAAAGACCAGAGAGCAAAGGGAGGCAGAGAGGGUCGGGGAGAACGAUGGCUACAUGGAGCCUUACGAUGCUCAGCAGAUGAUCACUGAGAUCAGACGUCGAGGGUCCAAGGACCUGCUGAAGGUGUGUGUGCUGAUGGAGGCGAGCGAGGGAACGGUGGAGGAAGGGCAGCCUGCGCCCUUGCAGAUAUAUGACGUUCCAUUCGAAGGAAGUGGUGACGGGGACAAGACGGCGGUCACACGGCCCGAGCUGGACCCCCGACCCUCCACUGAGUACGAGCUGCCCUGGGAGUGGAAGAAGGAGCACAUUGUCAGAACUCUGUCAGCACAGUUUGACAGCCCCGAACGCCAAACCAAAGAUGAGACGCCUCACCCCACACUCACAAGGCAGCCGCAACAUCCCCCAGCUCAGCCACAGCAGCAGCAGCAGCAGCAGCAGCAGCAGCAGCAGCAUCUGAGGCAGAAAAGCUGGACCCAGAAGAUCCUGCGAUCCUCUCCUCCGACCCUGUCGCCAUCCUCCACGCCCGGCAGCAACCCUGAAACUGAGGCCUGCUGUGUUGACCCCUCCCUGCCCCUGGAUAAACAGAGCUGGUACCAUGGCUGUGUGACGCGUCAGGAGGCGGAGUUUCAGCUGCAGUCCUGCAAAGAGGCCAGCUUCCUGGUCAGGAACAGCGAGUCGGACAACAGCAAGUACUCCAUCGCCCUCAAGACGAGCCAAGGCUGCGUUCAUAUCAUCGUUGCUCAGACCAAAGAAAACGGCUACACCCUGGACCAGAGCAGCUGCGUGUUCCCCAGCAUCCCAGAGGUGGUGCACCACUACUGCACUCAGCGUCUGCCUUUCAACGGCGCCGAACACAUGACUCUGCUGCACCCAGUGCCUCGCGUCCACUGACUCCACCCUGCCCCGGCUUAGGUAUAACAAACGCACCCCUGGGCCUGCAUGGACAAAAUGUUUCCAAAAAUCAAUUGAGACCUCACCUCUCUGAUCAAUGUGUACUUCUACUGUUCUGUCUCGCUGUGUAACUUGACUGUGUGACCCUGCUUUAUGUGUUAUUUUUAUUUGACGAUCAGAAAAAACUUGCAGCUCACUCUGUGUCUCUCUGGAUGCUGUCUUCAUUUUACUUUGAUGUGCAGCUGAUGCAAAACAUCUAAGCUGCUGUUUUGCAUGUGAACGAGGGGGAAGCACAGACGACGAGGCACUUUUAAUGAUGAAAUGUGACGAGACCAAGACUCAUACACAGAUGUGAUGUUUUAAUUAUCCAAUGUGGCUCUAUUAGAAGCUACACACAAUAUUUUUGUUGUUGUAACUAAGUGAAAUUUACUAUAAAGCAUUUUGGCAGAGUGAAACUCA